AUCUAUCAUCCAUUAAAGUAAUUUGUUUUAGAUUCACGCCAAAGAAUAAAUGAUAAUAUCAUUUCAAAAAAUUAUUAAUCCCCACAUCUACGUUGGCGCAUAGAUAUUAUUUAGUAUCGAAGACAAAUCUAUGAUAUUGUCUGUGGAAGCGGAAUUUGAAUUCAAAUUCAAAUAUCAUGUUUUCUUUGGUUUAACAAUUAGUUCAACAAUGGAUUUUUUCUGGGAUGAAAAUGACUCAAAUGAAAUAAAUCUACAUUCUCAAGAAAUAUUUUCCUACUGUCUGACACUGUUCAAAAGUUAUGAAAGUUUGCUGAGCGAAUUCAGCAAUAUCAAUGGAUUAAUCGAUCACGAUGUAGUGCUUCGCAAAAUCGAAGAAUGUGGUCUUGCAGUAAGAAAUAUUUUGGAAUUUGCUGAUGGACCUUUUACAGUUACGCUUUUUGGGCUCCUCAAUCGUUUACAGGAAUUUUCUGACGCUAUCGAAAAGAGAAAGACCCACGAAAAAUCCUCGAAUGAAAUGAAUAUGCUUGCAACUGGGAAAAAUAAAGUUGAAAAACCUUGGGAGAGCAAGAGUACACCCACAAAACUCAUCGAUGCAGUACGAAACACGAUAGAAAUUCCAAGGGUGAAUGGUUUGCAUAAUUUGGCAGGUCUUGAAGAAAUAAAAAAAGUCCUGAAAACGAUGUUUUUGUUACCUAUUAAACAUCCACAACUUUUUGUGAACAGGAAGACUUCAAAUAAAUUGUUAUUGUUUGGACCACCAGGAACUGGAAAAACUCUAUUGGCUCAUGCAAUUGCAGCAGAAAUUAAAGCCGUGUUUCACAAUAUUUCAUCCAGUGAUAUAUUCUCGCCUCUAGUAGGAGAAAGUGAAAAGAUGAUGAAGUGUUUAUUUCAAAGUGCUAAAGAAAGCAAUGAGUACACCAUACUUUUCAUAGAUGAAAUUGACGCCUUUUGUAGGACAAGGAGUUCUUCCGAACAAGCACAUUCAAGAAGAUUAAUCACCGAAAUGAUGUGUCAAAUGAACAGCAUCGAAGAUUGCCCCAAUAUUUUCGUUAUUGGAGCUACCAACUGUCCGUGGGACUUAGAUUCGGCAAUCUUGCGCAGAUUUCAUAAACGUAUUUUCGUUCCUCUGCCAGAUAAAAACGAAAGGGAGGAACUCCUGAAAUUUUACACCGAUGAAACUCAGCUUUCAACGUACGAAGCAUCGCAAUGGAACCAACUUCUGGACAUAACGGAAGGCCUCUCAAGUUCCGAUUUAGCCAGUCUUGUCCAGAACGCUAUGGACAUCCCCUUGAUGGAGUUGCAAGAAACCAGGGUUUGGAAGAAAACGAUUGACGACUUCUACGAGCCAGCAGAUAGGGAAGAUAAUUAUUGCAAGAUCAUUUGGAAAAGAUUGGAAGACCUCCCCGAAAAUUCAGUAAGAUCGAGGCCGCUGAAAUUAUUGGAUUUAAUAUCUGCUGCUCAGAGUUUUAAGCCGACCGUUAGUCAGGAAUGGAUACUUAAAUAUGAUGCCUUCAUCAAGAAAUAAGCCUUUGUCUUGAUUUAGUUUUGUCAGUGAAGAGUACGUUUUUCUAUAUCUUAAAUUAAAUGAAAAUAACGUUUUGAUAAACUUAUUAAAAAUUAUGAAAAAAAAUUUUUACUCCUUGAUGUGGUUAUCUCAAAUAAAAACACUGGCCUUUU